UCCUCCCAUAGUUCUCUGUUGUGGAACUAGAGAGGAAUUAUGCCUGAACCAGCCAAGUCCGCGCCCAAGAAGGGCUCCAAGAAGGCCGUCACUAAGACCGCCGGCAAAGGAGGCAAGAAGAAGAGAAAGACCAGGAAGGAGAGCUACGCCAUCUAUGUCUACAAGGUGCUCAAGCAGGUCCAUCCUGACACCGGUAUCUCCUCCAAGGCCAUGAGCAUCAUGAACUCCUUCGUCAACGACAUCUUUGAACGCAUCGCCUCCGAGGCGUCUCGCCUGGCUCACUACAACAAACGCUCUACCAUCACUUCCAGGGAGAUCCAGACCGCCGUGCGCCUCCUACUGCCCGGGGAACUGGCCAAACACGCCGUGUCUGAGGGCACCAAGGCCGUCACCAAGUACACCAGCUCCAAGUAAUUGGACGGAUCUGAUCCAAACAACCCAACGGCUCUUUUAAGAGCCACACACAUGAUCUCAAGAGUUCACGUUUCCUUGUUUUGCUGCAAAAUCUUUCCCCAUGUAGCCAAAUUACUGAAUAGUAAAGCUGAACAUAAAUUUAUUGUGCUGUGAUAAAAACCUGGAAGACAGUUUGAGUUACUCAGCAAAAACGAUGGAAGCACCAUUUUAUGAUACAUAAAAAAUAUGUAAUUUCUGUUCACA